AUGUCUACCAAAACGAACCCAGUUACCCCUCCAGCGGUGGUGGAAUCCAUCACGCAACAAAUCGGCAAUACACCUCUAGCCCGUCUCAACAAAGUACCUCCGAGGCUUGGUGUCAAAGCUACUGUCUAUGCUAAACUAGAGUAUUUCAAUGCUGGGGGAAGUGUGAAGGAUCGAAUUGCCUUGCGCAUGAUUGAGGAGGCCGAGCGCAAAGGGAAAAUAAAGCCCGGUGACACGCUGAUUGAGCCAACAAGCGGAAAUACGGGUAUUGGGCUUGCUCUUGUUGCUGCAGUAAAAGGCUAUAAAACGAUAAUCACUCUCCCUGAGAAGAUGUCCGCUGAAAAGGUUUCUGUCUUGCGUGCGUUGGGAGCUACAAUUAUCCGAACACCAACAGAAGCCGCUUUCGAUUCUCCAGAAUCACACAUUGGUGUCGCGAAGAGAUUGGAGAAGGAGUUACCAAAUGCACAUAUUUUAGAUCAGUACGGAAACGAAAAUAACCCACUGGCUCACGAAUAUGGAACUGCGGAGGAAAUAUGGACCCAAACUGAAGGCAGGAUAACAGCCGUGAUAGCAGGUGCGGGGACGGGUGGCACGAUUACUGGUAUUGCGCGUGGCCUAAGGAAGCAUAAUCCCAAUGUCAAAGUCAUUGCGGCAGAUCCCCAUGGCUCCAUCCUUGCGUUGCCGGAAAAUUUGAACAAGGAACACAUGAACGAGCCAUACAAGGUAGAAGGUAUCGGCUACGACUUCAUCCCUGAGGUACUGGACCGCAGUAUUAUUGACAAGUGGUAUAAAACUGGUGACAGAGAAUCAUUCCAGUAUGCCAGACAACUGAUAGCCGAAGAGGGACUUCUCGUGGGCGGGAGCAGUGGAAGUGCGAUUGCCGCUCUUGCAAAGGCAGUCCAAGACUUUGAUUUUACUGAAGACGAUGUGAUUGUCGUCAUUCUCCCUGAUAGUAUUCGAAGUUAUCUGACAAAGAUACAACCACGAAGACCUCAGGAUCCAUUCUCCGGAGCCAAAGUUAAGGCGCUGAGAUUAAAGCCAGUUACUACAAUCCCAUCAAAUUCCACAUGCGAGGCCGCUAUCGAGGUGAUGAGAGAAAAAGGUUUCGAUCAACUACCUGUGCUUGCCCCCACGGGAAGACGUUUGGUCGGUCUGGUAACUCUCGGAAAUAUCCUCAGCCGAGUCUCUCACGGGAGAGCUGCGAGCAGCAGCCCCAUUUCUGAUGUGAUGUUUGACUUUUCGAAGUUGUCGGAGGUGGUCACGGAUCCCAGAGAUAUCGCAUGGUCUGCUCUAGACCCUCUCGUUGGCUCUAUUGACACUUCUGAAGCCGGGCGGACCGCGGAAAGGCGUCAUCAAUUUAUUGAAAUAACUCUAGAAACUCCACUGAAUGCAUUGAACCGGUUUUUCGAAUGGAAUAGUGCGGCUGUUGUUACGGAGAAGGAUGAGCAUGGAGCUAUGAAGCCGGUGGCUGUGGCCACGAAGAGUAAAAUUCGGACCUAA